AUGGCGGAGGAACCAUCCGCCAAGCGUCAUCAUGGACAGCCGUCGGAUAAGAGCAGCGACCUUGUCGACGUUCACAUCCCCGGCGAGAAGCACGAGUACACGAGAACCCUCACAGGGGUUGAGCUCCAUGGCAAAGAGACACUAGAGAUCGUCUGUACCAGCGAACCAGACAAGGCCGACGAGGUGAUGAGCAGGCUCAGGAUGAAGAGCGGCGGCUUGUAUCCGAGCUUCAUCGGAGUUGAUGUGGAGCCCAAGCGCCUCAAACAGUUCCUGCAGGAGGAGAAAUUGUACACAUUUGUCGGUUUCAACAUUGGAGGUGACAAGCGGAUGCUGAACAAGUCUGGUUUGGAGAUCAACCCCAACAACUUCAUCGACAUGCGGCGUAAGUGGAAAGAUCCACACACCAGCAAAUACUUCGACUCCUUGGCCGAUGUUGCAGGCGGCGUCAUCCAUGAAUCCUACAAAGGCAUGAAGAAGAAGAUGGACAAGGGAUAA